UCUUCUAUGAUUGAUUGAUAUGUAUUUAUUUAAAUGCCCUCUGCAGCUCUUCGAACUCCUUUCUUUUCCAACUUCACCAUCUGGUCUCAAGUGCGCAAAUCCUUCACAUCUGCUCAGGAUUAUCACAGCCCUAGAACCUAUCUCACAGCUUCCAUUCACUCUUCGUAACUUCCGAGACUGGGAUACUCAAUUAUCAAAGUUGUAUCUGAUUGUCACCUUUCUCCAUUUCUUUCAACAACAACACCACAACCAACACAUACGCAAACAUUAUCGCCACCUCCACAGAGGCAGUCCUCGUUCUUAUCCGAAGACUACUUCAUAUUCUGAAUCUUGAAGCUUCUCAAUGGCUUCUCGCGGUUCUGCCCUUCCAGGCAACGCCAACCAAACCCCUCCACCAGCCUAUGGCGGCGGCGCACCACCCGGUAUGUCAGACUCACUUGUUCGUCAUCUUACGCCCGACACUAACAACACAGACUACUCGGAGGACGAAGAGGAUGGAGAGGAAGGAGCCGAAGAUGAAUCGAGUUCUCUUUCAGCGAUCAACAUUAUCAUCCAGGUCCCCCUCCACAUCCAAGGCGACAACAACCUAGUCGCUGUCGACACUGCACAAGCCGUCAACAAGAUUGUGCAGGGUAUUGUCGGAUCUCUCAAGGCAAUGAGCAUGAGCGGACAAGGAGUGCCAAUGAUUGACGAGGAUGGACGACCAAGACCUAUCACUGUCACGGCGGUUGCGGAGGUCAAGAUCACUGGCUCGAGGAAUGUUGUAGGAGAAAAGAUCCGCCCAAUGUUGCCAAAGUCGGGCCCAAAGCCAGCACAGGACAACAAGGAAGGCCCAAGCAUCAAGCGCGAGCGGGAGGGGAGUGAGGAGGCCGAGGCGAAGCGGACUCGACUGGAAUAGGCAUGCUUUGGGGCAUGGAACUGGAGUAAGGUGUGCUCUGGUCAUAGGCUGGGGUUUCCAAAGAUCUCACUGACUGGGCUGGGUGUCAUUCUUGCUUUACAUACUCUUGCCGCAUGCGAGGGCUAAUCAUAUGUGCAUGGACUUAAGGCCAAAACUCGAGGCUGGCAGCAGGAACCUUGCAGCUUUUGUAAGCAAAACUCACAAACGUUG